ACUCAACAUGUCACAGGCGACUUUUCCUCAGCGCUUCUGUCCCAUCAACGUUCCCUUGACAUAAGAGUAAAACUCUUCGGGAAAAAACACCCAGAAACAGCCCGCAGUUACUUUUCUCUCGGAGUAACCCAACAUGCAACAGGCGACCUUUCGUCAGCACUCCACUCUGAUCAGUGUGCUCUUCACAUCAGAGUUAAGCUCUUCGGGGAAGAACACCUAGAAACAGCUCACAGUUACUUUUCUCUCGGACAAACACAACUUGCCUCAAAUGACAUUUCCUCAGCACUUCAGUCCCGUCAACAUGCCCUUGACAUAAGAGGAAAACUCCUCGGGGAAGAACACCAAGACACAGCAUAAAGUUACUAUAGUCUUGGACAGACUCAACAUGUCACAGGCGACUUCUCCUCAUCGCUUCAGUGCCAUCAACGUGCCCUUGACAUAAGAGUAAAACUCCCCGGUGAAGAACACCAAGACACAGCACAAAGUUACUAUGGUCUUGGACAGACUCAACAUGUCACAGGCGACUUCUCUUCAGCGCUUCAAUCCCAUCAACGUGACCUUGACAUAAGAGUAAAACUCUUCGGGAAAGAACACCCAGAAACAGCCUGCAGUUACUUUUCUCUCGGAGUAGCCCAACAUGCUUCCGGCGACCUUUUGUCAGCACUCCACUCUGAUCAGUGUGCUCUUGACAUCAGAGUUAAGCUCUUCGGGGAAAAACACAUAGAAACAGCUCACAGUUACUUUUCUCUCAGACAGACGCAAAUUGCCUCAAAUGACCUUUCCUCAGCACUUUGGUCCCACCAACAUGCCCUUGACAUAAGAGUAAAACUCUUGGGAAAAGAACACCCAGAAACAGCCCGCAGUUACUUUUCUCUCGGAGUAGCCCAACAUGCUUCAGGCGACCUUUUGUCAGCGCUCCACUGUGAUCAGUGUGCUCUUGACAUCAGAGUUAAGCUCUUCGGGGAAGAACACCUAGAAACAGCUCACAGUUACUUUUCUCUCGGAGAGACACUGCUUGACUCAGAGGACUUAUCCUCAGCGCGUCAGUUCCAUCAACACGCCCUUGACAUAAAAGUAAAACUCCUCGGGGAAGAACACCGAGACACAGCUCAGAGUUACUUUUCUCUCGGAGUAACGCAACAUGCUUCAGGCGACCUUUCAUCAGCAUUCCACUCUGAUCAGUGUGCUCUUGACAUCACAGUUAAGCUCUUCGGGGAACAACACCUAGAAACAGCUCACAGUUACUUUUCUCUCGGACAGACACAACUUGCCUCAGGGAACUUUUACUCAGCGCGUCAGUUCCCUCAACAUGCCCUUGACAUAAGAGUAAAACUCCUCGGGGAAGAACACCAAGACACUGCAAAAAGUUACUAUAGUCUUGGACAGACUCAACAUGUAACAGGCGACUUCUCCUCAUCGCUUCAGUGCCAUCAACGUGCCCUUGACAUAAGAGUAAAACUCCUCGGUGAAGAACACCAAGACACAGCACAAAGUUACUAUGGUCUUGGACAGACUCAACAUGUCAUAGGCGACUUUUCCUCAGCGCUUCAAUCCCAUCAACGUGCCCUUGACAUAAGAGUAAAACUCUUCGGGAAAGGACACCCAGAAACAGCCCGCAGUUACUUCUCUCUCCGAGUAGCCGAACAUGUUUCAGGCGACCUUUUGUCAGCACUCCACUCUGAUCAGUGUGCUCUUGACAUCAGAGUGAAGCUCUUCGAGGAAGAACACCUAGAAACAGCUCACAGUUACUUUUCUCUCGGACAGACACAACUUGCCUCAGAGGACUUUUCCUCAGCGCUUCAGUCCCAUCAACAUGGCCUUGACAUAAGAGUAAAACUCCUCGGGGAAGAACAC